GAUGCGGCCCUCGAGGACCACAUUCUCCGCUCCUCCCUCUCUGCUUGCUUAGCCCUCGGCGAACAGGCUCGGAGGCUUCAAGAAUGGCGCCUCCACAAAGCGGAGCAAGACGCCAGAAUGAGGGAGUGCCUCCUCAAGAACCAAGAGGCGGUGAAGCUGGGGGCCCAGCUAGAAGAGGAGCUCCGGCAGAUGAGCUUGAAAUUGGAGGCUGCAGAGAAAGGCAAGGCUGAUGCUGAGGCCGCUGCCAGGAGAGCUGCUAAAGAGGCCGAGGACUCCAAAGCGCUAGCCGUCGCCAAGGCUCAGGAGGAGGCCGUUGAGGCCUUUGUCGCCGAGGAUUGGAGAGCCGAGGGGCGCAAGAUGUGGGUGUCCUCGGUCGUGGAGGCAUGCGUUGAAGAAUGGGCCGAGGGCCCUGGGUGGGAAUGGAUGGCCCGGAAGGGCAGAGAGUACUAUGAAGCCGGCGAAUUCUUCACCCAGGCCCUCAUCUACCGGAGGAUGGCCCGACAUUUGGGCAUUGAGCAAAAGGACUUCUCCCCCUCGGCGUAUGGCCUUCCUCCCCUGCAGCCUGAUGUCCGUGAGUCGCUCCCGGAAGGUGUUCAGAGGCCCGACCUUGA